AUGGCUGAGCCCAGUGACAACUCUCUGAGGAUUGUUCUGGUAGGGAAAACAGGAAGUGGGAAAAGUGCCACAGCAAACACUAUCCUGGGGCAAAAGACAUUUGCUUCUAGAAUUGCACCCCAUGCUGUCACUAAGAGCUGUCAGCGAGCAUCCCGCAAGUGGGAGGAGAAAGAGCUCCUGGUUGUUGACACCCCAGGGCUCUUUGACACCAGGGUAAAGCAUGAAACCACCUGCAUUGAAGUCAGCCGCUGUGUCCUCUACUCCUGCCCUGGGCCUCAUGCCAUCGUCCUGGUACUGCGGCUUGGUCGCUACACAGAGGAAGAUCAAGAAACUGUUAUUAGGAUCAAGGCUAUCUUUGGGGAGGCAGCCAUGAAGUACAUGGUUGUCUUGUUCACCCGCAAAGACGAGCUGGAGGACCAGAUCCUAAGUGACUUCAUAGCGGACUCAGAUACAAACCUAAAAAGCAUCAUCAAGGAGUGUGACGGCCGCUGCCUGGCCAUCAACAACAAAGCAGAGAAGGCUGAGAGGGAAAUGCAGGUGCGGGAGCUGGUGGAGCUGGUAGAAGCAAUGGUGCAGAAAAAUGGCGGCGUCUACUUCUCUGAUGCCAUAUACAAGGACGUGGAGCAAAGGCUGAGGAAAGAAGAAGAGACCCUGAGGAAACUUUACACUCAUCAAAAAGAGAAUGAAAUUAGAAUAGCACAGGAAGAGCAUGAUCUUGGGAAACUUAGUACUCAGGAAAAAGAGGGCAUGAUACAAGCAAUUAAGGAAAAAUAUGACAAAAAGAUAAGACAAGAAGCAGAGAAUAACAUAUUCAGCCAGAUUGUUGAAGGAGUUAAGAAAAUUCUUUUGAAAAUAUGGCAUGUGGUGCUAAUUCCUGAGUCUCCCUGA